CUCUUUAUGUCUUUAUCAUGACGGUGUCAAGGAUUUUCAGUUUGUCUGGACCGGUUGGAGCAGCAGCUCUAUUUUGAGCUUACUGGGACAAAAAUAUAGAAAGUGAAAUUGCUUGAUAAAAGUAAAUGGCAUGAGUAUCUAAGUCUGAUGCCACUAUAGGCAGCGUUCAGUAUCGAAUAUUUAGUUAAGGACUGUGUGAGAUUUCACAGCGGAACCCGAAGACAACCGGAGAUGAGGGACAUGAUGUGGAUUUACGCGGCCUUUAUCCUCUUGUUGUCUGAGGCGUGGAGCCUGGGUCCAGGAACUAAUCAUAACACCUCUGCGAGCUUCAACGAUUCUUCCAUUGGUGGUGAUGUUGUCAGACAUUCAGCCUUCAACGAGGGGAGUGAUGUUGACUUGACAUGCAGCAAUAAGACGUGGAAUGAGACACUAUAUGUUAUCUGGACAAUACAGUUGAAAUACAGGAAUGAAUGUCAGAUAUCCUUAGAUGACAGAGGCCGAGGAGUAGACACAUGCAAAGAUGGCAAGUCACUCACAUAUACAUCCAGCACUCAGUCAUACCUGCACAUCCCAGACUUCACCAAUGGCGACGAAGGGGUCUACAAAUGUGAGUCGGUUUACAAAGGAGGAAGCGAGCGUUAUGAGAUCAACGUGGCCAUCACAGUUCCUCCCAGAACAUCAGCCUGGUUUGACCAACAGGACAACAAGAUGGUGGCAGUGUGCAAAGCUGAAAAAGGAAAACCUGCUGCCAACAUCCUCUGGAGCCACGCGGGAAACAUAUCGGAUGUGAAAACAUUGUCUGAACCAGAUGGAUUUUUUACAGUAGAGAGUCGUCUGAAGAUAUCAGAAGGAAUGGACACAGAAAACCUGAGCUGUGCCAUCAGUCACCCGUACUGGAGAGAGGAGAAGAUUUUGGAACUAAAACUCACAAAAGGUCCUGUUACUUGGCUGUGCAUCUCUGCCGCUGCAGGACUUGUGUUUUUGGCAGCAGUUGUAUUUUUUGCACAAAAGAAACUGGUGAUAUUGAGGCAAUGCCAGCAGUCUGACAGCUCACCAUCUAAAACUGCACCGGUGGUGGAUGUGGAGGAAGUGGAGCCCUACGCCAGCUAUGUUCAACGUGUCAACUCUAUCUAUAACUCAUCUGCAGAUUUGUUCACAUAAAAUCUUGCACAUGCAGCACUCACACACACACACACACACACACACACACACACACACACACACACACA